CUGCUGAGCAGAGAGCCCGAUGCGGGGCUCCAUCCCAGGACCCUGGGAUCAUGACCCGAGCCGAAGGCAGAGGCCUUAACCCACUGAGCCACCCAGGCGCCCCCAAAAUUUGGGCUAUUUUUUUUGACACAUGUGCUUGUGUAACUUAGGACGACAGCCCUGCCCUAGCUCUUGGGGGUCACAAGGGGCACAGCCCGGUACCCACAGCUUCCAGGUCUUGUGGCCAUUCCCACCACGAACUGGGAUUCUGGGAUUCGGGGCCUGUCCUCACCGUGCACCCUCUCCUCGGGGACCCCUGCCACACCCGGAGCUGCUGCGUCGCUGGUGACAAAGCCCCAUGCUGAACCCACAGCUCAGUCCACCUCAGAGCCCCAGGCAUGUGGACAACUGCCUGUGGCUGCUCGAGGGCCCUGCAGGCCACACUUGGGGAGCCCAGAGGCCAGCUCUGUUCCCAGGGGAGGCUGCCUCCCAAGGCCUCUCAUCUGGAGUGCCCCUGCUGGCCUCCCCUCUGCAGGACCCCAGCUCCUGGACCCUCGUCUCCGUCCUUGCUGGUUUACUCCCAUUUUGGUGGAGGGCCUUGGAAGGAGGGCCCUGGAGAUGUCUGAGCUCCAGACUGUGGAGCUGCUCAGACGUCCUCAUUCUGCCUCCGCACUCGCGUGGUGCUUUCGUGGGUGGAAACUCUCGGUGGAAAAUCCUGUUCUUCCAGGACGUGGAUUACUCUAUCGCCCCUAACCCUUGCUGUUUCUGCGUGAUGCCCGCAACCGUGUGGCCUCAGGUCCUCGGCAUGUGCCCCAUGUCAGUCUCUGCGGGUCCCUGCAGCUCCCACACGCCCCCGUCUGCUUCCUCCCAUAGUCUGCCGCUGCACCCCCUUGUCUCUAGGAAGCGCGUGUGCGCGUUCAUUUCCUCGACUCUCUCUCCCGAAAUCUGACUGCCUGGAUGCUGACCUACGCGGCCGAAGUCUCCAGGUUUCUUCUGGUUCCUGCUCACCGUGUUUUUGUUUCUGGCGUUCGGCCAGUCCUUGCCUUCGUGAUCAGCGUUUGCUGUAAUGACCGGCUCUGUGACGACUUCCUUGAGCCGCCGUUCGCUCCUGCUCGCCCUCUGUCAGGGGCCCGAGGUGUGCGAGCCCCCCGAGAGCAGGCCCGCGAGCCGCCGCUGGAGCGUCAGCAUCGAGGAGCGCCGGCAGCUGGCCACGCAGGACGGCGGGGAGGAGCCGGGCACCGGUGGGCCUGACCCCCACUACAGGGACAUUGCGCAGCUCGUUGCCCAGCUGGUGUCCGAGGACGUGGACAAGGACGUGCUCCUGCCCCACCCACUGAGGUCCUCUGAGUCCGCCCAUGCCUUCCACGCCUUCCUGGCCCGGAGCUCGCCUUUCUGGCAGACCGCGACUUCGAAGGCGCAGGUCUCGAGGUCACUGCCCUCCUAAGAGACAACUCAGCCCAGUGUCUGUGUUCCAGCGCCUUUCCUGGGGGCCUGGGGUAGGCGGCGGCCUCUUCACCUCCCGUGGGAGCUCGUGAGCCCAGGGGUGAGAGAACCCAGGCCCAGGAGGACCCCGUGACUGCCCCUUCCUUAGAACACGCAGCCCUGAGGCCUUGGAGGCCACCUUGGGGGGGGGGGGGUGCCCUGCCCCAGCCCAGCCUCCAGGAGGCUCCCUGAAGGGGCCUGGGGGACAGGGUGGGGGUGGCGGGUGAUUCCGGAAGAGCCGUCUGCUGCCUAGAGAGGCCUGGCCUGCUCCUUCCUGGAGUCAAGCAGCUGUGAAUGGCCUACGAAGGGGGAGGAGGGCAUGAUGGCUCACGGGCCCCUACAGAGCCCAGUUCAUGAGCAACUCCCUUGCUGGCCCUCCAGGAGGGUGGGGAGUUUGAGGCCAUCAGCUGCUGGGCACGAAUGCUCACCCAGCUGGGGGACACCAGGUCUCAUGCUGGGCCCUGCCUGCGGUAGGUCCAAAGGGGCCCGCGUAACCCUAGGGGAGCAGAAGCCAGGGGGUGCUGAGCACAGGGAGGCUUCCUGAAGGAGCAGUGCCUCCCCACCUCCGCACAGUGGUUGGAGGGCAGAGGGCAUGGGAAGCUGUGAAGAGCGGGCCCUGGGCCCAUCCCAGCGUCUGCUUUUGGGGGUUGAGGGGUGGGCGGAGGGUUCUGAGCCCCGGGUGAUGUGGGGGAGUACACUGGCGGAGCUGGAGCUGGAGGGGGACUGGAAGCGGGAGGAGGGAAGGCAGGAGUGAUGGCAGGCUCCCAGCCCUCCAGGGCCAUGGAAGGACAGCAGCAGGGGGUGGGAGCCGUCCCUGGGACUUGGCCACUGACUCUCAGAGGCUGACGGGCUUCUGUGUGGGGACAGCUGGGUGGCGGGGACUUCAGGCUAGAUGAGGUGAGGAACCCCAGGUCUGGGGUGCGGGCAGGAACUAGGCCUGCAGACACUGGCCUCCCUGGGUCCCGGAACCUGUGGCCUGUGUCCUGAGGGGCAGGCUGAGGUUGAGGCCUGGGGGACAAUAUGACCCCCUUCUCCCUUCUUUAGGGAUCUCUGAUGAUGAACUACGGGGUGGGCGUCAUGGGCCAGGCUCCAAGCUGGGCAGGAAGGAACCCCCCCCCGCCGCCCCCACCCAGCAGUGCUCCCAGUGCAGAACGGGAGCUGAAGUGCCAGCAGUCAGGUAGAGGUGACAAGGGCUUUGGAGUUCUUUAUCACGGAGUGGGGAUCCGGAGGGUCACCGGGCUGACCUACCGGUUCUGGUCUGGCUUGGGGCAGUUCAUGAGGCUGCAGUCAGAUGGUGGUGAGUCCAGGAUGCCCCGACGGCCGGCCCUCUGCCUUCCACAUGGUCUCCGCACCUCUGCUGGGAGGGGAGCCUGCUGCCCGGGGCCCGGCACUCCCACCCCUGCAGCAGAGCAGAGAGAGGGGCCUUGGGUGAGGGGCGAGACCCCAGCCGCGCAGCGUCUUCAGCUGCCUCCUGCGUGGUUACCAUGGUUACUAAGGCCUCAGGACCCUCCCAGUGACCCCGUCCGGUAGAGCGUGGUGCCCAGGACAGGGGCCGCUCACCACCGGGGGAUGGAUUUGCUGUCACCAGAGCUCUGGUUCCUACCGCUGCCCCAGCAGAGCACCGCCGCAGACGACCUGUCCUCACGUUCCCUGGCUGGGGCUCCGCAGAGAUCCCAAAUGGGCCUCACCAGUCUAGGGUCAGGCUGUGCUCACCGCGGCCGGCCCUUCUGGAGAACCCGUUCCUGGCCUUUUCCAGCUUCUGGAAGCUGCCUGCUAGCCUUGGCGUGUGGCCCCUUCCUCUGCCUUCAAGGGCGGCCGCGUGGCCCCUGUGGGCCCCACGCCUCAUCUUCUCUGGGGCCUCUGCCUCUCCUGUCAGCCCCCGGCGCUGUGGGCCGCUGCUCCACCCUCACGGCUAAGCCGUCCCAGGCCCCACGGGCACAUUCACAGCUUUGGGGUGAAGAUGUGGAAUAUUCUUGGGGGUGCUGUGCCUUCCCCGGGGCCCAGCACCGACUGGGUAGGACUGGGGGUGCUGCGUCCCAUCCCACAGAACAUGGGACUGCCCCC